AUGUCCGAAGGCCAGAACCCUCGAUCUACAGCGUUGAGCACCACCGUCUCCGGUGUCGCCGCCACAGCGCUACGCUGGAGCCCGACGGCUUGGGCCAAAUCAUGGAUCUUGUACAUCGGCACCCUCCUACACGUUCGCCCCACCAUCCUCCCACACCUCGCCCCCCUCCACAACAUUGGCGAACAUCUCCACGCUGCCCACCACUACUGCUCCCACCUCUCCAAAGACUUCCGGCAAUGCCUCAUCUACGACUCCAACGCCCGCAACGCUCGCCUUAUCGGUGUUGAGUACAUGAUUCCCUACGAGCGCUUCGUCAAACUUCCCGCCGAGGAGAAGAAGUACUGGCACAGCCACGUCCACGAGGUCGAGAGCGGGAUGCUGGUGCUGCCAUACCCGGAGGGUCAUGGUCGGGAGGAGUGGGAUCGAUUGGAGACGCAGGCGUUGGAUGAGGUGAGGGGGUGGUAUGGGAAGAUUUGGCAUUUUUGGGAGGUCGAUAGGGAAGGCGAGGCGGGAGGUUUUCCCUGGGGCGAGCCGGUUCUGAUGGGGAGUCUGACGGAUAAGAGGCAGGCGGAUGUGGAUCAGUUGAUGGACGGGAGGGAUCGGGAGUUUGGGGUGAGUACGAAGGGGAAGAGGGAGAUGAGGGAGAAAGAGUAUGGUGAUUUUAGGAAGAUUGAGGUUGCGGAGGGUGCGGAUUCGUGGUGGAAGGAGGCGGAAGAUGGAGGGAGAGGUGUUUACGCUACGCAGUAA